GGGUUGUCGGGUAUAUCCUCACCCGGCUCGACAUCAUAUUUGGUGAACCUCGAACCUCCACUGCUGCCUAAUUCUGGAUACAAAUUGAGCUCCAUUGGCAGAUUGUCAUAAGACGAUAUCUGAAUCUAUGAUUUAGGGCAAAUCAUAUCUACCGGCAACGUUCAGUUGGAUCUAACUCAGUUACUGCAUCUCUAACGGCCAUCAUAGUCCCUGCGCCAAACACUUCAACCCCGCAUCAACCAGCAAUCAUGCCGCCACAUCUCCCCGAAGGAGGCAAGACCCUCGUCUACUUCACUGUAGAUGGCCACGAUGUUAAGCUUGACUACUAUCUACCACCCAAUGCGAGCGGAAACCUCCCCGCAAUUAUCUACUACCACGGUGGCGGCAUGACCGCCGGCUCCCGCCGGGGCAUGGGAUUUCCACACUGGCUAUACAACCACUGCCAACAAAAGAACUACAUCUUCAUCUCUGCCGACUACCGUCUCUGCCACCCCACCACAGCGCUCGACCAGAUUGAAGACGCGAAAGCCAUGUUCCGCUUCCUAGCAGGAGACUUCCAGAACUCCCUCCCAGAAGGCACAUCGCUCGAUACCACCCGCGUCGCCGUAACCGGCUUCUCAGCAGGCGGAUACUCCGCCCGCGCUGCCUGCAUUUACGCCACCCCCAAGCCCGCAGCCAUGCUAACCGGUUUCGGCAGCGCUGGCGACUGGCUCCUCGAUCACUGGACAACCGGCCGUCCUCCCACCUCCAUCGCUAACAGGGUGAACCUAGAUGAAGUUCCCAAGUUACUUGCCGAUAAGACCGUCGUCAGUGACGACAUGCCCGAAGACGGGGGUGUGAUGACGAACCGGUUCGCGCUGACGGUUCGAUGGGAACUGGACGGGACGUUCCUGGAUGGGUGUUUGGGACGGCCUGGGCUUGGUGCGGAGCUCAAUAAGCUGGAAUAUGCGCAGCGGGCGGCUGCUAUCCCGGAGGACUUGAAGCCGGCAUUUUUGCAGUUGCAUGUGACAGGCGAGCAUCCGCCUGCGGUGUUUGUGCAUGGGACGGCGGAUGAUGUGGUACCCGAUAAGGAGAGCAUCAAUCAUUACGAGCAGCUGAAGAAGUUGGGGGUAAAGACCGAGCUGUUGCUUGUUGAGGGGGGUGCGCAUGGAUUAAUGGAUUUCAGCCAGGGAUUUCCGCCGAAGCCGGCUAAGGGGUCUGUGGAGGCGUAUAACAGGGGUUUGGAGUUUAUUGAUGAGGUUUUCGGCCGCGUCUAGAGCCGGUGUGGGCUUAUAAUGUGGUUUAGAGGCUGUAUGAUUGAUUAUGAGUAUGGUAUAGAUGUUUAGUUGCUUGUCGAAUAUCGGAUACAGCCGCUUUCGUGUAGAAUAGAUGUAUUUAGAUCGAUGAGAAUGGCUGAAUUGUUGAGAUAUCUAA